AUUAUAAUAGUAAAUAAAUAAAGCACCGUUACUUUUUUUAGCCUUCAUCCAGUUACCUCAAACUUUCUAAUACUGAGUUACCACUACUAGACUUAGAAAUAUUACAAGUACCAUCUUGUUCCUAUCAACUGUACUGUUUUUCAGUUCUCUGAAUUGGUGUUUUUUUAAUCUUAGAUCAUGAGCUCUCAAGACAAGGAUAAGUCCAUGGCUGAGGUGUAUGAUCAAUAUGUGAGAAGUAAUGCUUGUGAAAGAGUUGCUAUUCAAAUUCCUCAGGGUGAAAGUUCCUCGGGGAUUACUGAGGAAACUACACAUGAAAAACAAUGGAGGAGACCAAAUCUAUUUGUGGAGAUACCUUCCAAAUCAUUGGAUGCCUCUAAUCAAGAGUCUGUGCAUGUUAAAAUGCUUUCAACACCAACGCCUACACCAAAAAGGGUGAAUUUCAUUUUGACGCCUAGUCCUUCUAAUUCGAAAGCAAACACGUUUCCUAGUCCCUCCUCAUGCAGAGGCAGAUCAUCCAUCAAGAAUCUUUUGCCUAGACUGAGCUUCAAAUUGCGUAAUACAAAUACAGAUACAGAAAAGGCAACAUUAACAGAUUCCGAUACUUCGGCUAUGGUGCUACAAGAGAAGGUGUCCAUAUCAAGGUCAUGGUCAUUCACUAAAUUGUUUACACCACGCGUGAAAAGGACAUCAUCUUUACCCGUUACACCAAUUGAUCAUUCAAAUCCAGAGUCUGCUAGUGGAAGUAUCAGCAGAGCUCUGACAUUUGGUACAAAAGAAACACAACUACGCAUUUCUCGAUCACUUUCUCUACCGGUCAUUAACAAAGAACGAAGCACUAGGAGAGUUGAAUCAUUCUUUCGAGUCAUUCCUUCAACCCCUCAAGGAAAGGAUGGGAACUCCGCAUUUCCAACUACACCUCCAGCCAAAGUAUCUGAUGAUGAGGCAAAUGGUGAAGAUAUACCUAAAGAGGAAGCUGUUUGUCGAAUUUGCCUGGUUGAAUUGUGUGAAGGUGGGGAGACACUCAAGAUGGAAUGCAGCUGCAAAGGUGAACUUGCUUUGGCUCACCAAGAAUGUGCUUAUAAAUGGUUCAGUGUAAAAGGUAACAGAACAUGUGACAUUUGCAAGCAAGAAGUUCGAAACCUGCCUGUCACACUUCGGCGCAUCCAAAGUGCGAAUGUCGGAUCCAAUAGUUUGCAGCACUUUGAAAUAAAUGGAUACAGGGUAUCACAGGAACUACCUAUUCUUGUCAUCGUCAGCAUGCUAGCCUACUUUUGCUUUCUUGAGCAACUUCUGGUCGGAACAAUGGGUACAGGUGCAAUAGCUAUAUCAGUUCCCUUUUCUUGUGUACUAGGUUUGCUUUCGUCUUUGGCAUCUUCGACCAUGGUGAAUAGAAGGUUUGUUUGGGUUUAUGCAUCCAUUCAGUUCGUCCUCGUGGUAUUCUUUGCUCAUAUGUUCUACUCCCUGGUUCAUGUACAAGCUCUUCUUUCAGUUCUUCUCUCAACAUUUGCUGGCUUGGGGGUUGCAAUGUGUGGAUAUUCCAUACUUGUCGAGUUCUUCAGAUGGAAAAGGCGGCGACAAGUCUUGUUAGUCCAACAGCAACAGAAUUCCCAGCCGAAUCAAACAGAAACAUCAUCCCACAUAAGUCAUCAAGAUUAUCAACCGGAUAUAGAAAAUCCGGAGACAUUUAGUGGGAGCUAGAUAGUCAAUAAGGCAUUAAGAAACACACUUGUUGUGGGGGAAUGGCUUGUUGUGUAUAUCUUCACGUAUGCUACUCAUCCUCCACUGAGAAGAAGAAAAGUUUAUUGUACUACGAAAGCGUGGAAAGAAAUUCUUUUCCAUAAAAAAGAAAAAGAAGUAAAAAGCAGAAAUGUUUUAGUACACAGUUGGUGUGGGGAAUGGCUUGUUAUGUAUAUCUAAAUAUUACUUAUUCUAAGCAUGAAAGAUAGGCCUACACACUCAAUGGCAUACCACUUUCAUCCAGAGUGUAGAGGAAGAAAGUGACACCUUGUUUUGUGGGGGGUUAAUGGAAACAUUAUGGGAUUGAAGAUUGGGUCAUUUGUUUCUUUGGCCUGCCAUUUUGCUAGUGCAAUGUUGACUUUAACUCUGCACAGGACAUGUUCCCAACUUGGGUUGACAAAGUUAUUGGCUGUUGCAACGAGGCUGCAGCCUGUGACUUUUGUAAGAAUUUGUACAAGUGGUGUUCACCUAUUACUAUCACAAAUCAGUUUGCAUAUGAAUUUAGAUGUAGAGCUAUAGAGAUCCUAGGUUUUAGUUGUCUAACUCGAUGUUUUUCUUUACUUUCUAUUUUCGUCUAUUGUAUGUCUGCAUAUUUUUGUGUACAAUAUGUGAGUUUGUCCAGG